GCAGCACUGGCAACACUGAGAAGUAUACCUGUGAACCUGUAGCUGAAUCAUGGCCGGAAGUAAACAAAAAUGGUGUAAAUUAGAAAACUAAUGUUUUUGUCAACAUUUUCGAGAAUGCUUUUCUGCGUAAUGGUGACACUUUGGAGGCUGAUAUUGUUGGAAUUCUCAUGAUGUCCUAUAACCCACAAAAUGAACAAAUUAUAGUACGUUCUGAUGGGAACAUAACGGUAUUUGGACUGAACAACCACUUUAAGACAGAUAUGCCUAGCAAAUUAAUAUCGAUUACAGCACCAGAUGAAUACAAAUACACGAUUCAUAAAGUGAACAAAGUUCUCAAGAAAAACCUAUCAAUUAACAUCAAAAUACUACUGUGCAGUUGUAUAUGUUUUUGUUGUACGCUUGGAUUUUCCAUAUGGCCGUCCGUAAUGAUCAACAGAAAGACAAAACGCCAAGUUAGGAAUAUACUGAAGGAAGAAAACGAACGAAUAUACCAUCAUCUUGGUCUACACUGGAGUUUAGGAAAAAAAAGUUUUGGACCUUUACCAACAGUGGAGUAUGUGUUACAAAUAGAUUUUUUAAGUAAACCCCAAUUGUAUUUGCCUGAUGGAUGACAUGAAAAAAGUAUAGGUGUCAUAGUGUUUAGGUCCAUCAAGAUUUAUUCUCUAUUGACUGGAAUGGGGACUCUCCUACGAUAAAUGAUGCCAAUAUCAGCUUCUAUGCAAGUUCGUGAAUGGCUGAAAAAUAAUGUCUGAAAUACUCAGUGAAUAUUAUUAUGCACAAUAUAUGUAGUUUUUCACUAUUAUGGAAACCAUGAAAUCCCUCUUGGCAGCUUUUGAUCAUAUUUGAGGUUGGGAUUUCAGAAAACCUACAAUAAGUAACCUAAAUCACAGUCUUCUUCAGAUUUUAUUUCGAACAAAUUGUUUCUUCCUAUUUGUACUCGAAUAUAAACAAGGUUGUCUGAGGAAAUUGCAAAAAUAUGCAUGUGAGCAGGAGGUACCGAAAUAUAGAAAAUAACACAAUACAUUGUGGAUAUUGCUUCAUAAUGAAAUAUUUAUUCAAAAUUGAAAUUCCAUUGUAGCAAUUGAUUGAAAAUAUAUUUUCUGAAUUCAAGAAAUCGAGAGUUUUUUCAUCAUUCCAGAUAAUUAUUUUCAAGACAAUCUUGUAUGUAUGUACAUGUAUGUGUGAUAUUAAUAUUAGUUGUUAGUCAAAUGUUACAUAGAUAAGUUUGAAUAUUUACUCUUAGAUGAUAGAAUUGCUUAUGUUAUGUUUUCAAAUCACUGAAAUUAUUUCAAAUUUGUUUCAUUCAAUUGAAACACAUGUUGUUUUACUAUUUUUAACUAUAAUGCAUUUUAAAAGUGUUUGUAAAUAAUUUUAAUAUGUAUGACUAGAAUAGGUGUUUACAGUUCAUCUGUUCAAACAUGCAUAGAAGUUUCCUGAGUAAUGUUGCUGUUGAAAUAUAAACAUUGUCAUUUUUGUACGAUCUGUAAAAUAUGGUGAAUUUUCCAAAAUACAGCAGUACACUUUUCACAGUUUUUAUUGUUUGUUGGUUAAUGAGUAGAUGUAGAAAAUUGUUUUGAUUGUCAGAUAUCCUUGAUGAUCAAUUAUCAUUUGGCUCAGAAUUAUAACUGAAACAUUUUUUGAAGCCACAAAUAUUUUGAAAAUUAUUCCGAGUCGAAGACGAGGAAAAAACUUCUGAAUAGUGAUGUACUGUGAAUGUUUACAUCUUUUGGUAUUCGUCAAAUAAAAAAUAAAUAAAUGUUAACUAUAAA